UGUGGGAGGAACUGUCCAGGUUCCGCACUAACUCCGUUUCCCAUUGAGCGGGAGCGAUGCGGAGCAGAGCAUCGCCGUCCCAACACACCCAUCCUGAGCAACGUGAUAUCGCCGGCACCUUCAGAACAACUCCAGACGACUGCGGCAGGUUUAAGGUUCCGUUAAGUGUAGGUCCGCUGCUCAACGCAUCGCUCUCCUCGUGCAUAAGCCCCACCAACUUCAGGACCGAGGACAGCGCAGUGACUGGGAGUCCGCGGGACUAGGUGCCGCACCCGGUGGCGUUUACCCCGAUUAACGCCGGAGUCUCAACCCGGGUCUGCUGCCAGUCAGCGCCGACCUCUGAUGGAGGGUGGAGUGGCCAGAGGUUUUCGUCUCUUCUUCACUCUCUCCGCGGCUCUCCACGGAUCCGUUUGUGGCCAGGAGAACACGCACUCUCAGGCAGAGGAGAGACUCUUCAAGCAUCUCUUUACCGGGUACAACCGCUGGUCCAGACCUGUGGCCAACAGCUCGGAUGCCGUCAUUGUGAACUUUGGCCUUUCCAUUGCCCAGCUCAUUGAUGUGGAUGAGAAAAACCAGAUGAUGACGACCAAUGUAUGGCUCAAGCAGGAAUGGUUUGAUUACAAACUCACAUGGGACCCUGGGGAGUUUGAUAACAUUACGUCAAUCCGUGUCCCAUCUGAGAUGAUCUGGAUACCCGACAUUGUUCUGUACAACAAUGCGGAUGGUGAGUUUGCCGUGACACAUAUGACCAAGGCUCACCUCUUCUCCGCCGGACGGGUCCAGUGGAUUCCCCCAGCCAUCUACAAGAGCUCCUGCAACAUCGACGUCACCUUCUUCCCCUUCGACCAGCAGAACUGCAAGAUGAAGUUCGGCUCCUGGACCCACGACAAGUCCAAGAUUGAUCUGCGGAACAUGGGCAGGAACGUAGACCUGAAGGACUACUGGGAGAGCGGCGAGUGGGCCAUUGUCAAUGCUGUGGGCAUCUACAACAGCAAGAAGUACGACUGUUGCUACGAAAUCUACGUCGAUAUUACGUACUCCUUCAUCAUUAGGAGGCUCCCGCUCUUCUACACAAUUAACCUGAUCAUCCCCUGCCUGCUCAUCUCCUGCCUCACCGUCCUGGUCUUCUACCUCCCCUCGGGCUGCGGGGAGAAGAUCACCCUUUGUAUCUCGGUCCUGCUCUCGCUUACUGUCUUCCUGCUGCUGAUCACGGAGAUCAUUCCCUCCACCUCCCUGGUCAUCCCUUUAAUUGGCGAGUACCUGCUCUUCACCAUGAUCUUCGUCACCCUCUCCAUUGUCAUCACAGUCUUCGUCCUCAAUGUCCACCACCGUUCGCCCAACACCCACAAGAUGCACCGGUGGGUCCGCAGGGUGUUCCUGGAAUUUGUUCCCCGCUGGCUCUUCAUGAGGAGACCGGGACGCCAGGCGGAGACCAUCGCCAACCACCUCGGGCUGCAGGGGCCCUGCCAGGGAUGCCCACGGUCCGAGCUCAGGGACUCCAGCGCCAGCUUGGCGUUGUGCCAGGCGAGGUCGCCGCUGGGCCUGCACGCCCGUGGCUGCCAGAGCCACCUGGAGACUGGCAUGUGCCCGGGAGGGAGAGCCGACCAUGGCUGGAGGAGCUGUCCCAAUGGGAGCAUGGAGGCCGAGUCCAACCCGCUCCUGUCGGCCAACAUCCUCCGGGCGCUGGAGGGCGUGAACUACAUCGCCAACCACCUGCGAGCAGAGGACGCAGACUUCUCGGUAAAAGAAGACUGGAAGUACGUGGCCAUGGUGAUUGACCGUAUCUUUCUCUGGAUAUUCAUCAUCGUUUGCCUGCUGGGAACCUUUGGACUGUUCCUGCCUCCCUGGUUGGCAGGGAUGAUUUGAAGGGUGCCAUGUGCAAGGUGGGAAGAAUAUGGAGGGUGCACAUCACCCAACAACCAGUCCCGCCCUCUGAUGACCCAGGGCUCAGGGAAGAGGUUAUCCAGUGACCCACACACUGAACCCCAACACACUCUUGCUUUCACCCACCAGCAUUAUCAAUAUAGCGUUUGGAUGGAAACACAUUAAAAAAAAAAAAAAAGAUU